UGUAUUUGACCCAGCUGCCUUGUUGUGACCUUUUCUCUCUUAACCAAAACAGCCCUUCUUUAUCAUCCUCUUCUUUACCUUUCUAUCUGUGAAUAUAAAAGAAACCCUCAGGUCGUAUAUAUGCAACUAAAGAACACAAGAUAUUCGUCCGCAGAACUCAGCAAGAAAGAUCCAGAGAGAAGCCAUGGCUGGUUUGCAAAGAUCUGAUGUGUCUUUUAGGAGGCAAGGAUCUUCAGGUAUUGUGUGGGAUGAUAAGUUUUUGUCAGGGGAGCUAAACCGGGUAGCGAACCUGAAGCAAGAACGAGAACACGAACAAGAACGAGAGCUACAAGAAAAGCUAGAUAUCAAUCAAGAAAAGGAUGUUAAGCCAUCAUCAGGAUCAAUCACCACCAUUGAAAGAAGCCGAUCCAACGGUGGACAACGAUCCUACCGCACCGGCAAGGUCUCUCCGGCUAUCGAACCUCCUUCGCCAAGAGUCUCUGCUUGUGGGUUUUGCGGUGCUUUUGGAAAACCAGCAAAGAAUCAUCGGAAGAGGGCUGGUAACCCCAGAUCACGAUAAUUUUCCACGUUUUACUGUAGCCGGGGAUGGAAUAUUCCGGUGAGUUAGGGGAAGAGGGAAUAUGAUUGUUUGCACUAUUGGUACUAUUUACAUAUGCUGUUAGGUUUGUAGGGUUAAGACCUUGGAAGUUCAUCUCACUGAACUGAGAUGCAGGGGCCUUUUUUUUUUUGAACAGAACCGAGUUAAAUUCCUUUCUUGUCCUGCUAAUUUAGCUAUGUUCAUUUUACUGAGUUCUUGUUCUUAGAUUUUACAGAUGGUUUUGUGUUUUGGUUGGAUCCAGUUAUGUGUAUAUGGUUUGGUUAUCGAUCAGGAAAUUUGCUUUUCUUCUGUAUAAAAAUCACAUCUUUAUUUUUUUUU